AUGGCGGUGAAGGUGCAUGCUGAGAGAUCCAAGAAGAUCUCUCAACUGACAAAGAAGUGUUCGACAGUUCGGAGGAGUCGUGCUUCUCCCAGGCUGUACAUGAAGGGAACACUAGCAGGAUAUACAAGGGGACUUCACGGACAGAACAAGAACACUGCGCUGAUUCGCGUUGAAAACGUAAACACGACUGAGGACGCUAAGUGGUACACUGGGAAGCGUGUGUGCUAUGUGUACCAUGGAUACAAGAUGAAACGCUGUGUACGGUGGUCAAAAGCUCCGGCGCGCCGCAGCAACACCCGCGCAAUGUGGGGUCGUGUGACCAGGCCUCAUGGAGGUUCUGGUGUGGUACGUGCCAAGUUUUCUAGCCCUCUUCCGGCGAAGGCAAUUGGCCGACGGAUUCGUGUGUACUUGUACCCAAGCCGCAUUUAA